CUUUCUCUUUCUCCUCUGAUAGAUAUGUAUAUCUGCUAUACCUUCUUGGAGUUUUGAGUUAUAUAAAUUUUUAUCAUUCAGUCAUGAAUAAGAGAAGUUGUUUUUGUUUGGGUUUGUAUUGAUUAUAUAAAUAUAUUUACAAACUUGAGGGUUAUUUGGUUUUUUUUGGCAGGAUCGAAAGAGAAGAGAGCUAGUACUUGGAGAGAAAGAGACUGAGAGAGAGAGAAAGAAAGAAAUAGAAAGAGAUGAUGUCUGCAACUGAUGGUAGUGUAUCAGCUAAUAAUCCAUCUUCAAUCAUGGGGUUCUCUCAGAAUUCAAACCCUAACCCUAAUCAAGCAGGGGCUGAGAAUACUACUACUACUCCGGCAAUCAAGAAGAAAAGAAACUUACCAGGAACACCAGAUCCAGAUGCUGAAGUUAUAGCUUUAUCACCAAAGUCACUCAUGGCGACAAAUCGGUUCUUAUGUGAAAUAUGCAAUAAGGGUUUUCAAAGAGAUCAAAAUCUACAACUACAUAGAAGAGGUCAUAAUUUACCAUGGAAAUUGAAGCAAAGAUCGAGUAAAGAGAUCCGAAAGAAAGUUUAUAUUUGUCCAGAGAAGAAUUGCGUUCACCAUGAUCCAUCUAGAGCACUGGGAGAUCUCACUGGUAUUAAGAAACAUUUUAGCAGAAAGCAUGGUGAAAAGAAGUACAAGUGUGAGAAGUGUUCUAAGAAAUAUGCUGUGCAAUCUGACUGGAAAGCUCAUUCUAAAAUCUGUGGUACUAAAGAGUAUAAAUGCGACUGUGGUACACUUUUUUCCAGGAAGGACAGUUUUAUCACGCAUAGAGCUUUUUGUGAUGCAUUAGCUGAGGAGAGUGCUAGAUUUAACCCAAUAGCAAUGCCAAAGAAUUUAAGCUUUAGGACUGAUCACCAUUCACUCAGUAUGGAUGCUAGAAACAAUAAUCCUCAAUCAGCAAGUUUGUUGCAUGCAUUCAAUAAUCGGGAAGGUUUAGAUGCUAUAAAUGACCCCCAAUUGUGCCCCAUUUUUAGGUCGGAUUUUACUAAUCCAAACAUGAUAAACACAUCAGCAUUUGAUACCCAUGAGCGGAAGCCUAGAUUGUCAUUAUGGUUAGAUAAUCAAUCCAACUCUCAGCUUAACCAGCAGAUUAAUGAUAUCGCUGCUAACUCCGAUGCUUUCUUAGCAUCGAAAUCAGCUGGUGGUGUCGGUUUUCCUGAAUUAUCACAAAUGGGAUCGACAAAUAUAUUCGGGACAUCAUCACCGCCACCAAUUGUCAAUUAUCCAGGAGGUAUUCCUACACAAUGGAUGAGUAGGUGUAACGGCGAAUCCACAGGUGUCAACCUUUCGUUGUCGACGUCGCCACGAGGAAUUAACAAGGAAAGUGAUGAUUUAAAUCAGAAUAGCAAUAAUAAAGGCGUAAUGGUGGAGAAUUUAGCUUCCCUAUAUUCAUCUAAUAAUCAAUCAUCUCCGUCCUCGGCAUCAGCUGCUCAGCAUAUGUCAGCUACAGCACUUCUUCAGAAAGCAGCUCAAAUGGGAGCAACAAGAAGUAGUCCUUCAUUUGUGGGAACCUAUGGUGUUAGUUCAUCUUCUUCGGACACUACAGGUUUCAUCAAUCCUCAUCAUCAGCAUAUGGAUAGUACAAGAAAUGAUUUUCAUCAGCUGUUCCGCCAACAAGAUAAACAACAACAACAACAGCAGCAACAACAACAGCAACAACAACAACCAUCCUCUGUUCAGCAUGAUCAUGACAAUAAUAACUUGAACCAAGUAGUAAUGAUGAACACUACAAAUGUAAAUACUGAUCAUCAUCAACAGCAUCAAGGUUUGUUUAGUGGAUUAAUGAAUCUAAGCUCCUUAGCUGAUAGUGGAAACAAUAAUCUCGACCGCUUAAUGAUGUCCGCUACUGCUAAUAAUCAUAACCACGAGGAUAUCAAUAAUAAUCAAGAAGAUCAAAACCAAAUUAAGCACCAGCAAUCAUCACCAUCGGGUGCUCCUCCCCCUCGUCCAUUAAAGCAGCUUCGACAUACUAUUGGAGGAGAUGCAUCUUCAUCGGUACCAGCUCAACAGGAUCAUAGUCUAACUAGGGAUUUUCUUGGAGUAGGAGCAGUUCAUCAUAAUGUGAGUAGUCCAUUCUUACAACAAGAAUUCGUAAAGUUUGCUUCCAUGCAGGGUUCAGCCAUGGAUCAGCACUUCAGUCGUUACAGUAGUGGUGGAAGCCAUUGAUAAUGAAGCAACAUGUACCAGUAAUAUACACAGUACUACAACACAGCAAUGAAACAAUGUCGAAACCAUGAUGCAAAUGGAUACAUGUAGCUGAUGAUGCCGUGCAAGAUCUUUUGCAUGUGAAGUUGCACGAAUCUUAUUCUAGCCCAAGGGUUGUCAUUGAGAGGGCUCAUGUGUACGAAAAUGAUGAUUCGACAACAUUUGCUGCCAUUGAUGAAACUGAUGGGAGAGACUGAUGAUAAGUGAUGAGACAAAGAUAGAGAGAGAAAAAGAUCACGAGAAUUGAGUUAUGUGGUCAUGCAAUAAUAUGCUGAAUUUGUAUAUGCAUGUUUUUUGUCUCUCUUGAUGUCAUUGACUUGACUAAUAUAGGUCAAAGAAAUAAACGACUACAAUCAGACGAUGGAGUAGUUGAUGAUGCAUGAUUCAACACAGUCUGAUGCCUGCCUAGGUAGUUGGUAUUAGUUCCAGCUAAUAAUGUUAAUCUUGAUGAACACUGUUUUAGUGUUUCAGUUGUAGUUUAAUCUUUCUUUUCUAGUAUUUGAUUAUAAGCGGUUUAAUAAAAUAAGGUUAAAUUAGAUCUCA